AUGGCCUCGAAACACCCCAAUUUCCUGAUACUCAUUGCAGAUGACCUCGGCUUCAGCGAUAUUUCUCCGUACGGAAGCGAAAUCAAGACGCCGGUCCUGGAUAAGCUAGCACAAGAUGGAAUUCGCAUGACCAACUUCCACACGGCAGCAGCAUGCUCGCCAACGAGAGCGAUGCUGUUCUCCGGAACAGACAACCACAUCGCUGGUCUCGGUCAAAUGAGUGAGGCAACCGGAACACCACACAAGAUCUGGCUCCGUGAUCAGCCAGGAUACGAGGGUUACCUCAAUUUGCGUGUAGCUGCUCUCCCGGAGAUUCUACAAGAUGCUGGCUAUUUCACCAUGCUGUCUGGAAAAUGUUCAAGGACAAUGAGUUUUUUCUUGCCGGCCAUGGCCAACAAGAAGUUCUGGAUGGAAGGAGACAAAUUUCUUAACUUCGACACCGACCUCCCCAAGGAGUUCUAUUCUGCAAAAACAUUCACGGAUAAGGCGCUGGGCUUCCUGGAGAACAGGACGGCAGAGGAGGCUGAGCAGCCUUUCUUUGCCUGCAUGACUUACACGGCACCUCACUGGCCGCUACAGGCACCCCAGGAUAUCAUUGACAAAUAUCGCGGAGUCUACGACAAGGGACCAGAUGCGUUGACGCAGUCACGACUCAAACGCUUGCAAGAUCUUGGGCUCGUAAAGCCCGGCGUCGACCACGCUCCCCCCGAGGGCCGACUCGGGCCGCCCUGGGAGGAACUGACAGACUCGGAACGCUCCGAGUCGGCGCGCAAGAUGGAGACGUUUGCUGCCAUGGUUGAACUACUCGAUACCAACAUUGGUCGUAUCGUGGACUACCUGACCAAGACCGGUGAGCUCGACAACACCUUUAUCCUCUUUAUGAGCGACAACGGCGCGGAAGGGGCCGCGCUGGAAGCUGCACCCAUCAUGGGAGGGGCCGACACGAUGGCAUCGGUCAUCAAUAAGCACUACAACAACAACCUAGAGAACAUUGGCAACCCUGAUUCGUGGAUUUGGUACGGGCCACGAUGGGCCUGUGCUGCUACGGCGCCCAGUCGCGGCACCAAGGGGCAGUCGACGGAAGGCGGCAUCCGUUGCCCCUGUCUCCUACACUACCCUCCUCUGGCGCCCAAGGCUGGGGCCAUCACGCACGCAUUCACAACAGCCAUGGAUAUCAUGCCCACAAUCCUGGAGCUCGCAGAGGUGAAGCACCCAGGCACACGAUUCCGCAACAGGGAUGUCGUGGAGCCCCGGGGCAAAAGCUGGGUCAAGCAUCUCGGGGCCCUGGGAUCCAACGCCGACGGACAGGCGGAGAACUCUGUUCACGGCGAGGACAGCCAUGUCCACAGGUGGGAGCUCUACGGGAUGCGGGCCAUCAGGAUGGGCCGCUGGAAGGCCGUGUACAUUCCCCCACCCAAGGGCAAGGAUGGCUGGCAGCUGUACAACGUGGAGGAUGACCCCGCCGAGAUGAAGGAUCUGAGUGAGACAGAGGUGGGGAUCAUGAAGGAGCUGGAGAAGCUGUGGGAGCGAUACUUCAUGGAGACGGGCAUGGUCAACGUAGAGUUCCCGGGCUGGGCCAACACACACUAG